AUGUCCUGUUACACCUUCAUGUCUCUAACGGCGUGCUGUCCCUGCCUCUGUCCCACUCUUAGGAAACCUGCAGAGGCCUCCACACCCCGUGGUGCUGCAGUGGAUUGCGGAGGCAUGGGAUUAAGCGACAACACGCGCCUGCUUGGGCAGGCUCUUGAGGAGGAGGAGGAGGAGGAGGAGGAGGAGGAGGAGGAGGAGGAGGAGGAGGAGGAGGAGGAGGAGGAGGAGGAGGAGAUGCAGGCGGAGAGCGUCAGGGAGGUGGCCGUGGCAACCGGCCUGGAGGUGCUAUACAAGGAGACCCCCAACUACCGCGGAGCGACGGCCGAGGCUGACCGCAUGGCCGAGCCAAGGCAGGCGGCUAGGCAUGCCUGGCGAGUGCCAGACCUGGGUGUUAGGGAGCCUGAUGUUCAUGCAGAUGAGGAGGUUGUGACGGAGGGGGGCUAG